AUGGCGGCUCCCGCGGCUCCAUCUCAGCUCGGUGUUGAGGUGAAGGCGUCUCCCCAGGCCUCACCCGCUAUCGGGACACAAGAAGACUGUCCUACUUGUGUACGCCGGAGGAUUCGCUGCGACCGCACUCUCCCAAAGUGCGCCAAAUGUUCGAAGAAAGGCCUCACCUGUCCUGGUUAUGGCCCUCGAUUGAGGUGGGCCAAUGGAAUAGCUGUUCGUGGCCAUCUCAAAGGUCGCACGACGCCGUAUAUCGACAAGCCGGUAAAAGCGAGUGCCUCGUCCAAGGCCGCCAAAUCCCCGAAGACUGAAAGCGCCCCUCCCCCGUCGACCUCCAUCAUCGAUCCUCUAGAGAAGUCGUUUCCCGAUUUUCCAGACCCGGCCACCAGGUCUCGACUGCUGGAGCAUUACGACAAGAAUAUUGCCGGCCUCAUGGUCUGGAUAGACUCUGACAAGAAUGAGUACCGCCGCUUGGUUCUCCCACUCGCCAACCGUCAGCCAGUGCUACUCCUCGCAAUCCUUGCCAUCUCUGCACAGCAUCUUGCAGUCACCACCAACGUCGAGUCGAACUUCUCCGCUCGCGCCCGUGAUGCAGCGGUCAGCAUGAUAUCAAGCCAAAUCCGUCAGGUCACAGGUCGUCUUGCUGCUGGGUUCGACCUGGGAAGCGAAAUAGAUGUCGACACGGCCGUCUGGAUGCUCGCCUCGAUGCUAACGCUUGCCAAUUAUGAGAUGGCAGAGUCAGAAUUAGGGGCAAUAGCGGCGGACUCUCAUCGGCAGGCCGCCCGCACAUUGGUGAAUGCUCUUGCUACCACAAAGCAUGAGAACAACGACCUGUUUAAUUUUCUCAGGAACCAGUUAUCGAUUUACGACAUACUGGCCUCCACCACCGCCUUUGAACCGAUGAGCUUUGGGGGAGCGAUUCUGCCCGCUCCCGACCAUUCCGAUCAUAUAUUCUCGGAGUAUCUGUUCCUUUUGCAGCAUAUCACGGGGACAUGCCGCCAGCAUUGUGAAAAGGGGUCAGCUGCGGGCUCGAGCGUCCCUUCCUUAUCGCCUGCCGAUGUCAGGUCUCGGUUCGAAUUGGCUCGAGGGUCAACUCUGAUGGCCGCCGGCUUGCUGGAAUUAAUUUGGGAUGCCAAGCGGCGGGAUUUCAUCCGGAUCGUCGACAUAUAUCAUCAUGCCGCUCUGCUCUAUACUUACAGAUGCCUCUUCCAAGGUCAUGUCGAUGACUCUUGUGUCAGUGCUUCCGCCACAGCAUUAUUCGAGCGGUUGAGUCAGCUUGAAGAUCAUGCCAGUUGCAGGCAGAACUUGCCGUGGCCGGCGUUCAUCGCUGGAACCGAAUGCCAAGGCAUUCGACAAAGAGAAAUGUUCAUAGCCGACAUGUACGAAGACAUUGCCCGAUAUAUGGGCUUCAAGCACUACUUGGAGGUUCUUCACUUUUUGAAGGAUCUUUGGUCGUCUAAGAAUCCAGAUUGGCUUGCGUUGGCGCGCCACUAUAGCGCUAACGGAAAGACAAUCCUUGCAGUUUGA